AUGAGAGAUACGAAAGACAAUGUCGUCAGUGAGGAAAGCUCCGUCAAUGGCGACAGGAAGGAUAAUACCCUCCACUAUGCAAGUCGUGGCCUGGCACUCAGCGAUGAGAGCGCUGGUACUGACAAUAUUGCGGGAUUCGAUGCCGAGUGGAUGAGGGCACGAACCUUCCUAACUGCUGAGGAAGAGAAAAAGCUCUUGCGUCGGGUGGAUUGGCACAUUAUGCCGCUUUGUGCGAUAAUGUUCCUGCUGAAGAAUAUAGAUUCCGAGAAUGUCGCGAAUGCCAAGAUCAUGAAUAAGGGAACAGAAAGAAAUAUCUUGACCCAGCUCGGCAUGACCACUGAUCAAUAUAAUCUCGUUACGGUUCUUUAUUACAUUCCAUAUAUUGUUGCGGAAACCCCGUCAAACCUGUUAUUCAAACGAUUGCUUCCGUCCAGGUGGCAGUCUCGGAUCAUGAUUAGUUGGGGAAUUGCCCUCGCCUGUCAUACAGCAGUCAAGAAUAAAGAGGGACUGUACGCGGUGCGCUUCCUCCUGGGCUUGUUCGAAGCUGGAUUGUUCCCAGGAGUUAUCCUGCAAUUGUGCUACUGGUAUAGGCCUGAUGAGAUGUCGCUAAGGUUGCUUUACUUUUAUAUCCUUGGAAACUUCUCUGGAAUUAUCAGCGGCGUACUAGCCUACGCAUUUGAUACAGUAUCCGGGUCUCAUGGACUAUCAGGUUGGCAAUGGCUCUUUUUAACAGAGGGUAUUAUCACCGUCGCAUUCGGCAUAGUACUGAUAUUCAUAUUUCCUGACUUCCCUCCUCAAGCCAAAUGGCUUACGGACAAAGAGAAGGCGUUCAUCCAGGCCCGAUUACCACGCAAUGCACCUCGAGCCGAAGAGAUUAACUUCAACUUCCGUGAAAUCCUCGAUUCACUGCGAGACCGCCGUCUGUGGCUUUUCACCCUGAUAUGGGCCUUCUUUACCGUGGGAACGCACGGUCUGCGAUUUUACCAACCGACCGUGAUCGCCAACCUAGGAUUCACCGACAUUGCAACAUCCCAGCUUCUCAACAUUCCUACCUCCGUCCUAACCGUCAUCUGCAUCGGCGUGUUUGGUAUUUGGGCUGACAGCUCCCGUCUUCCCCGACCUCUUUACCCUCUGUCUUUUCUAGUCGUCAUUCUAGCCUGUUACGGUGUUCUCUACAGCUUCCCCAGCAACGGCGCCGUCUAUGCCGUGACUGUCAUUGCGAAUGCACUAGGAAGUGCAUGGUUCCCACUGAUGUGGCCGUGGCGUGUACAAACCACGAGCCGUGCGACUGGCUCUGCCUUCUCGAUCGGUUUUGUGAAUAGCUACGGUCAGAUUGGGGGUGCUAUCGGGCCGCAGAUCUUCCAAAGCAAGUAUGCGCCGCAUUACACGGUGCCAUUUGCCGUUACGAUGGGGUUGAUAGCGGCUUGUAUUUUGACUACCCUUGUCACUUGGUGGAUAACCAGGGACACGGAGAGAGCGACAAGGAAGUUGAAGCUGGCUAGGCUGGAAGCCAUGAAGAGAGGGGAGGCAGUUUUGGAUGACGUUGUUGAUAACGACUUGGCGAAGAAUAGAGACGUGCAGAGGUCAGGAGUAUAA